CAACUCCAACAAACUUACACUCAAUUAAAAUCAUCCACUAAUCUGUUACUCAACAACUCACAUAACCGUUUCUCUCUCCUCUCUCUUUCUCUCUAGAACAAUGGCCGACGUACUCUUCCUAGUCUCUGUUCUACUACUCGCCGCCGCCGACAGUACAACUUCGGCACUGCCGUCAACACCACCGCCGUCUUCCGGCUGCGCUGACGAACUAGUGGCGUUCUCUCCAUGCCUUCCCUUCAUUUCCGGCUCCCCGAACAACAUCUCCGAUUCGCCUCCGGUUCAGUGUUGCGAUAACUUCGCGGCAGCGUUUGAUGAUAAUACCGCGAUUUGUCUUUGUUACCUCGUUCAUAACCCUCAGAUCCUUGGAUUCCCUAUCAAUUCAACGAAGCUGAUGUCGCUAGCUUCUGUUUGUCCUGUUAAGAAGAAAGAAGUCGAGGAGAAUUUAUCUCUUGAAUCUCUCUGUUCAGGAUCAACUAUGCUGCCUCCUUUUCGGGCGAUAACAGCAGAUCACAGGGGUUCAAGUUCGCGUCCAAGGCGUCCUAGCCCUAGCCCUAGCCCUAGCCCUAGCCCAAGUCCUAGGCCUACACCACGCAUUCCACACCCAAGUGAUCAUGAUAACCCUUCACCGCAAGAACCACCAGGACAAGGCAAUUCAUCACCACCAUUCUCUGAUGUUGAUGAUAAUCCUUCCCCUGCUGCUCAGGCCACACCAUCAUGUGCAUCAACCAUAGCCAUACGAAUACUGAGUUACCAUAUAGGGUUUCUCAUUCCAAUAUUGAUUUCCCUGUUUUUCUCUGAAUGUGGUGAUAGUCCUUCUCGUGCUGCUCAGGACACACCAUCAUGUGUAUCAAUCAUAGCCAAAGGAAUAAUGGAUCGGUGCGAUGAUCUAAAAAUGCCUUUAUGUAUCUACGCACUCUUAAAUAUGCUUUUAGCAUAUGCUCAAUUUAGAAAAUACAUCACUUUGGCCUGAUAAACAACACAUAUUUUUUCGUUACUUUGUGCUUUUGUGCACUUAAUAUUUGUUCUCAGCUAGAGGAAUUUAUCAAAUAUCUGCUCAUUGACAAUAAGGGAGUUGGACAAGUUAGAAUUAUUAGUUUGAAGGAAAAUGAAAAAUCUAGUCUUACUAGCUACAGCCAUUCAUUCUAUUAACUCGUAUUGCUCUUGUUCGGUUA